AUGCCCCACUCGUCCACCCCUAGCUCCGAGCCUCUCAUACACACCACAGCCCCCCAUGCCGGACCUCUUUCGCUCGCGCCCCUAGUUAAGCCAAACCGUACACCACAGCCCCCUCAUGUCGAGCCUCUUGCGUGCACUCCCUUAGGCCGGACCGUAAGCCACAGCCGUUGCAUGCUAGUGCCUCUUACGACCUCCCACAACCA